AUGUCCUUCACAACUCCCAUCCAGGCUACUUUCCAGGGAUCAUCCCCCGCAUUCGGCUUCUGGCUCACACUACCCAGCGCCGGCGUUGCGAAAACAAUUCUACACGGUUCUACCGGAUCGAGUACUCGGUUCUCCUGGGUUUUGGUUGAUGCAGAGCACGGAUUGAUCUCCGAUCACCACUACUAUGAGCUCAACAACUCCAUUGGUUCUGAAAAUGCUAGCCCUAUUAUUCGUGUCCCCAAUGCCGAAGAAUGGAUGAUCAAGCGUGCUCUUGAUGCUGGUGCGCAUGGAAUCAUGACUCCCAUGUGUCACUCAGAGGUCGAUGCCGCCAACGUCGUAAAGUGGACUAAGUACCCACCCCACGGUUCACGAGGAUAUGGCCCGAUGUUCGCGCCACACUCUUUCCCUAACGUGGACCCUGGCGCCCAAUAUGACCAAGGAGCCCAGAAGGGCAUUACUGUCGCCGUUCAGAUUGAGUCGAAGUCUGGACUUGAGAAUGUAGAGAAGAUUGCUGCUGUUCCCGGCAUUGAUGUGCUUUUCAUUGGACCCUUCGAUCUUGCCUUGCAAACAGGUGUUAAGCGUGGUGGGGAGGAGCAUGAGGCUUCUAUCCAGCGUAUUAAGGCUGCUGCCCAUGCCUCUGGAAAGAAGGCUGCUAUUUUUUGUACCGAUGGAAACGAUGCUCAGAAGCGGGCCCAACAGGGCUUUGAUAUGAUUUCUGUUACUACAGAUGUUGGAGUUUUCCGUAAUGCUAUGCUGGGCGAAUUGAAGACUGCCAAUGGGGAAACCGUGCAGGGUGGCUCUAGAGAAGGCUACUAG